AUGCAUUACACUUCUGCUCUUGCCCUCUUCCUCGGCCAUCAAGAUCAACGGCAUCUCCUGCUCGGCACCGGCUGCCCCGCCGGCACCGCCGACGUCCAGGUCGAUGCCACCGGCGAGCUCUUCGAGGCCACCUUUUCCGCCUACGAGGUCCUCACCGGCCCUGGCACCAAGGCCUCGGACUGGCGCAAGAACUGCAAGCUCACCAUGAACCUCGAGUUUGAGCGCGGCUUCCAAUUCUCCAUCAUGGCCACCGACAUGAUUGGCUACGCCGAGAUCCCCGAAGGCGCCCACGGCAGCUGCAAAAACACCUUCUCCUUCACCGGCCAGACCUCGUCCGGCGGCAUCGACAAGGUCGACUUCGACCUCGGCCUCGACGGCCACUACAGCGGCGACUUCGACCUCCACGCCGAUCCCGGCAUCUUCUCGUGGUCCCCCUGCGACGGCAGCACCGCCAUCCUCAACAUGAACACCCAGUGCGCCAUCAGCCCCACUACCGAGAGCGCCCUCAUUGCUGUCGACCACCUCUCCGGCAAGCUCACCGUCCAGUUCCGCCUCGCCUGGAGGCCGUGCCCCAAAUAG